AUGACACUUCUGAGACAUUUGGAGAGUCAGGUAUUCCAGAAAUAUCUUCAAGUCCAUCUGCUGUUUUAAGUGAUGUCUGCCCUGUUAAUUUAGAGAUGAUUAGCAAGGGUCGAAUGGAUGAAUUCAAAUUGGAGGAGACUAAAAAACCUUCCUCUGAUCUACUGUGUGGAGUUCAAGAAGAUUCUUCUUUGACAGAUUCAACUGAAGCUAUGGACGCAGGUGAAAGCACAUCUCAUAAGGAAUCUUCUGAAUCGGAUUGCAAUGGACCAAGGCACAAACGUCUAGUAAAGACACGUCAUUUUGUAUUACCAAAGGAUCCAAAAAUUUCACAAGGAGAAUCAUCUACCCCAGACACAAACUCCCCAGAUACAAAAGUUAAGAAAUCCAAACGCAAACCCUUUAAAGCCUUCUUUCAAAGGAUGACAUCUGUAUUUAAGGACAGUACAAAAAACAUAGUUCUUGAAAAAGGAACGCAAAAAAGAAAAAAUGACUCAGAAGAUGUGACAUCGUACAGAAGCAGUACAAUUGUAUCUUUCCAGUCAUCACUUGAAUUAAGUUCCCAAGAUAAUUCCACAAUACAAGAUGAAUGUGCUGAAAUAUUACCUGCUAAUGAGGAAAUCAUCACAGAGUGUGAGAUAGACCAUACUUUCAACCAAAGUAAUGGGCAUGACACUUCUGAGACAUUUGGAGAGUCAGGUAUUCCAGAAAUAUCCCCUCAGUCAAGUUCCCAAGCAACAUCUAUUUUACCAACAGCUUCAAAGCUGAAUAAGACCAAGACACUGGGCACACUGAUUCAAGUGAAACCUUGCAAUGUGCCCUCACCACAGAAUGAACUGAAUAGCACAACAUCGGCUGCCACAGUAUCUGACCUCAGGUCUUUCAAAACAAAUUCAAGGCGUGAGGAUGAAAUUGGACGACUGGUACCAGAGGAGAUCCAAACUGUGGUUAAACUUACUGAGAUGGCAAGUGGCAUGCCUUCCCCAACUACUAAAGAGUUGAAUUACACCGCAUCAGACCAAUUAAUAUCCAAACUCUGUCCUCUGGAUGUGGAUUCAUCAGAACAAAGUGGAGAUGAAGGGAAAUUAAUCAAGACCAAGACACUUGGCACACUUAUUAAAGUGAAACCUUGCAAUGUGCCCUCACCACAGUCUGAAGAGAAUAGCACAAAAUCAGCUGCAGCAGAAUCAGACCUCAGUUCUUUCAGUACAAAAUCAAUGUGUGAGGCAGAAACUGGAGGAUUUCAACCAGAGGAGAUUAAAACAGAGUUUAGACCUAUAAGUAAGAUGGCCUUACCCAUAAAAGGAGAGCAUACUGGACAGAAGCGCAAUCAAAUGGAUAUGGCUGUCUACAUUUACCAGCAACUGGAUACCAUCAGAGAAACAAUGAUUACUGUCAUAGAACUCAUCUUUGAAGACCUUGCAAAACAUGUGCUGCUUAAGAGCUCCUCUCAGGUAUAUGGGACAGCAAAAGAUCCUGAGACAGUAAAUCCAAGUGAAGCUUAUUCAACCACCUUUUUCCCUAUACUUAACGACUGCAUUGAGAGAUCUUGUUGUCGAAUCAGAAGGUGGUGGAAUAUUUGCUUUAAAAAGAAAAAUAAGGUUGCACCAAUGGAGGACUUGCAGUAA